GUCCUAGCUUGGGGGGCGGAAGUGGCCAGAUCGCUGUGUUUGGAGCGAGACCAUGGCAGACGAGGACGAAGAUCAGACGUUUGAGGAGGAGAAUGAAGACACUGCUGGAGGGGUAGACGGGGCACAGGGGAGAAGAAAGAGGCUCUUUUCCAAAGAAUUGAGGUGCAUGAUGUAUGGUUUUGGGGACGAUCAGAAUCCGUACACAGAAUCUGUGGAUAUCUUGGAAGAUCUGGUCAUCGAAUUUGUUACAGAGAUGACCCACAAGGCUAUGUCAAUUGGGCGUCAGGGCAGGGUGCAGGUAGAAGACAUCGUCUUCCUGAUCCGGAAAGAUCCUCGUAAAUUUGCCAGAGUAAAGGACCUGCUGACGAUGAACGAAGAGUUAAAACGGGCCAGGAAGGCUUUCGAUGAAGCAAACUAUGGAUCCUAAUGAUUAUUUGAUGCACAUCUGGCUGUCUUACUAUGGAGACUUACAGGGAUUCAAUGGAGAAAUAAAACUUGCUGGUUAAAUUACGUUACAAUCCCCUGCAGACUGUAUCUCUGCAAUCUGCACAGAACCAGGGAGGACUAUAAAAGGUAUCUUGGAAGGCCUUCAUGUCAGCUUGUAAUGCUGCUGCGGAGACAAACAGAACGGGGAGGGGGAGGAUUGUUAAGAAUUGUCAGAAUAAAAGUCACUUUUUUAAAUCACUGUCACUUUGUUCUCUGACAUUUCCGUGCCGGUUUAAUUGGAUAAUCUUGUAAUACCCCAAUUUCUCAACAUCUUAAUCUAAGAAAAAGGUGGGUCUGAAUAGGUUUGUAUCUGAUUUGCUUAAAGAGACAUUAAUGCGUUUUAAAAUUGCUAAUUAAUAGAAUAACUUGCUGAAACUAUCUCAAAUCAUGAAAGUAAAGGUUCCUGCAUUUUACAAGAAAGCAGGUAACAAGAUACAGGUGUGCACAAACUCCAGAAUGGAAGGAUCCAAAGGUCCAAGAGUGGAGACUCAUAGUAAACUAAUGGCUGACAUGUCUGCUGUAAAUUGCUGACUUCUUAGAGCAAUAAAGAAUAUAAAUGUA